AGAGAGGAGCCCCGGGCCGGGAGCAGCGGGGCGGCGCUGCCUCAUGGUUAUUCAGCAAUAGUUAUGAACUCCCGGUUACGAGCAUUAGGUGGGAGGAUAAAUAAUAUACGAGCAUCGGAACUACCAAAAGAGAAAACCCGAUCAGAGAUCAUCUGUAAUGUCCACUUUUUGGAUGGCUCAGUACAAAGCUUCAAAGUGAAUAAACAAGAUACUGGUCAGGUUUUGUUGGAUAUGGCCUAUAACCACUUAGGUGUGACAGAGAAGGAAUAUUUUGGUUUACAACAAAAUGAAGAGUCAGUAGAUUCCCCUCGAUGGCUCGAAUCAAGCAAACCUAUUAGAAAACAGCUUAAAGGAGGUUUUCCCUGCACUAUCCAUUUUCGAGUAAGAUUUUUUAUACCUGAUCCCAACACACUGCAGCAGGAAAAAACCAGGCAUUUAUUCUUCUUACAACUGAAGACAGAUAUUUUGGAAGGAAGGUUGUUAUGCCCUCUUAAUUCUGCUGUUGUCCUUGCAUCUUAUUCCAUACAGUCUCAGUUUGGAGACCAUAACUCUUCAGUACAUCAUUCAGGAUAUCUCUCAAAUUAUCGUUUCAUACCAGAUCAGAAUGAAGAUUUUGUAGCCAAAGUAGAGUCACUACAUGAACAGCACAGUGGUCUCAAGCAAUCUGAAGCAGAGUCCUGUUAUAUAAACAUAGCACGAACCCUUGAAUUCUAUGGAGUAGAAUUACACAGUGGUAGAGAUCUACAUAAUCUAGAUUUGAUGAUUGGAAUUGCUUCAGGAGGUAUUGCUGUGUACAGAAAAUUUAUUUGCACAAGUUUCUACCCCUGGAUGAACAUAUUAAAAAUUUCCUUUAAAAGGAAAAAAUUUUUUAUACAGCAGCGGCAAAAACAUAAUGAAUCCAGAGAACAUAUAGUUGCCUUCAACAUGCUAAAUUACAGAGCAUGCAAAAAUCUAUGGAAAUCUUGUGUAGAGCAUCACACGUUUUUUCAGACGAAGUCGUCACUACCUCAUGAAAGAAAGAUAUUGUCCCAUUAUUGGACCUUUGGUUCUAGAAACCCAACAAAGUCUGUAAACAGCCACUACUGCAGAAAAGUCAUAGGUGGGAUGGUUUGGAACCCAACUUUGAGGAGAUCUUUAUCAGCUGAACAUCUGGAGACCAAAAGCCUGCCUUCUCGGUCUCCUCCUGUUACCCCUACUUGGAGGAGUCCUAGACUACGUCAUGAGAUUCGUAAACCACGACACUCAUCUGUAGACAACCUUACAAAUGAGAUUGCCUAUAUUACAGAAACAGAGGAUGUUUUUUAUACAUAUAAGGGUUCUCCAACAUCAAAGGACAGUGAUUCAGAGUUCUCCCAGAACCGCAGUCCACGGAGGAGGUCAUCUGAACAAGAAUCACCAAAGAAUGUAUUGGAAAAUAGUCCAGCACAGAACUGUCUGACUCAUACCUCACCUACUGCCUUGUCCCAGUCUCCCAAUGGAGUUGGUAACUUUUCAGGCUCUUAUCCAUUGGAUGGAGUGGACAAACAGUUUUUAGAAACAUAUGACAACAUCACAAAAGGGAGCGUAACAGAAGAUUCCAGUCAGUACUACUGUGAUAAGAAUGAAGUAAUUGAUGGAGAUUUGCUUUUGGUGCGAAUCACUCCAGAUGAAGAUGGGAAAUUUGGAUUUAAUCUGAAGGGUGGUGUUGAUCAAAAAAUGCCUCUAGUGGUGUCAAGAAUAACUCCAGGAUCAUCUGCUGAUACAUGUAUUCCAAAACUGAAUGAAGGUGAUCAGAUAGUGUUAAUCAAUGGUCGAGACAUCUCAGAGCAUACUCAUGACCAAGUGGUAAUGUUUAUAAAAGCCAGCAGAGAAUUGCACACAAGAGAGCUUGCACUUCUGGUCAGGCGGAAAGUUGCCAAACCCUUGGUUGAGGCCAAGUCAGAAGAUGAAGCAGAUUCCCAGAAUUUUCUAGAAUCUAUUCUUCGCACGUAUUCAGAAUACAGUGACACACUAGAGGGGUCUAUGGAACAACUGAAGAAAGGGCUGGAAAGUGGGACAGUACUCAUUCAAUUUGAGCAACUUUAUAGAAAGAAGCCAGGGCUGGCUGUUACGUGUGCAAAAAUACCUCAAAAUAUGGACAAAAAUCGAUACAAAGAUGUUCUACCUUAUGAUUCCACACGGAUAAUAUUGCAGGGAAACGAAGAUUACAUUAAUGCAAAUUAUGUGAAUAUGGAAAUUCCUUCUGCUGGCAUUGUGAACAGAUAUAUCGCCACUCAAGGGCCUCUUCCACAUACCUGCGCACAUUUCUGGCAGGUAGUCUGGGAUCAUAGGUUAUCGCUGAUCAUCAUGUUGACAACCCUCACCGAACGAGGACGGACCAAAUGUCAUCAGUAUUGGCCUGAUCCACCAGAUAUAAUGGAGUAUGGCAACUUUCGUGUCAAGUGUCAAUCUGAAGAUUGUACUAUUGCCUAUGUUUUUAGAGAAAUGGUGAUUACAAAUAUUGAGACAGAGGAAGAGCACACCAUCACCCAUCUUCAGUAUGUUGCUUGGCCUGAUCAUGGUGUUCCUGAUGACUCCAGGGAUUUUUUGGAGUUUGUCACCUGUAUGAGGCCAAAGAGAGUGGAGAAUGAACCGAUCCUUGUUCAUUGCAGUGCUGGAAUAGGCCGCACUGGUGUAUUGGUCACUAUGGAAACAGCCAUGUGCUUAAUUGAAAGAAACCAACCUGUUUAUCCACUGGAUAUUGUACGAAAAAUGCGAGACCAGCGAGCUAUGAUGGUGCAAACAUCAAGUCAGUACAAGUUCGUGUGUGAAGCUAUUCUUCGUGUUUACAAAGAAGGAUUAGUUCGACCACUGGAUUCCAGUUAGUACAGCUGUGAAAGGAUUAAUUUAAUCUUCUAAGAACACUGAUUGUCAUAAAGCCAGGGUCUCAUUUCUGUAGGUGACUAGAGAACUCAUCAAAAGCCCAUGGGAAGUCAGAUGAGCACAUUUGAGCUGUGGCACUUUAAAUUUCCAUAGACGAUUACUAAAUCUUGUACAGUAUAUAGAAGACAUGUAUAUAUGUAUAUGAGAGCAGUUGUGCAUAAUAUACAUUAUAUACAUACUGAAAAGAAAUGAUCAAGGAAACUUUUAGUACAUAACCUGCAUCUUUUACUGCUGUAAAAACAAGUUUUCCUCUAGAAUUUACUUUAACCCUAGUGUUUACCAUUCUAAAAUACAAAAGGAAAACCAGCAGUAUUAAUAAAAAAAAAAAAAAAAAGUGGCCCAGUUAAUGAGGUAUUGAGUGUCUUCAUCUCCUGUUGAAGUCCAUGGGAGUUGAAUGCUAAACACCUUGCAAGAUUGGGACCAAAAUAUUGAUAUACAAAGUAGAGUUGGUCAUAUUAUUUGGUUCCUGAAGGUUUGUCAAACAAUUUACAUAAAUAGAAUGCCAAGGGCUAAACCCUAAACAUGUCCAUUAAGAGCCGGAGCAAUUAAUGAAUGAACUCCCAUCAACCUGUUUGCAAAUAUGCCAGUUAUACUAAUUUAUAUUAAUAAAUCAAACAUAGCCUACCUGACACGCAAACUAAUGCUGCUUUGCAGGUUUUAUUGAGAUCUUCCACAGCUUGAAUUUUCCAUUUUCUUGAGCUUUCAGUAGUUUACCUAUUUCCCGUUGUCUCUUCCGCUCUACUCCUUUACCCUAAUAUGGUACUUAUUUAAUUUCACUAUGU